UGAAUUUUAACUUUUAAUUUCAAAGUUAUCAUAAUAUAAUUUAUAACAAAAUGUAACAUUAUUUUUUGUAUUAUCAGAUAAUACAAGUUUUAAAGUAACUGUUUUGAUAUAACAUUUUCUCACUUCUAUCAAGUAUAUGUGAUAAUUUUGUUGUUUUGUUUUUGUUUACACAUGUAUUCCUUAUUUAUGUCUGGAUUUACUUUAAAUAGAGUAUAUAACGAUAGUAGAAUAUCUAUUGAGCUGAAGAGUAUUAUUUAAAGAUUAUUUGUUAACAAAGCAUGUCUAAUUACAAGGAUGGAGUAUCUUAUGAAGUAAAAUAUAGAGCACAAAAUGAAACACAUGGUGAAUAUAAUAAUAAAAAAUUGCAAUUUGAAGAAAAAAUGGAAGAAUCUCUUUGUAAUUCACAAAACUUUUGCUUAAAGUUAUCACAAGAUUCUAUUAUGUCUAAAUCUCAAGAAGUAAAUGAUGAUGAAGAUAUAGUAAUAAUAAGUGAUUCUAGUUCUAAAUCAACUUGUUCUGUUACUAAAAAGGCUAAACCAAAAUCAACACCAAAUAAAGAUCUUAUAACUUAUGUUAUAGAUUCAUCAGACUCUGAUUCUACAGAGAUUACAGAGAAAAAGUACUUUCAAACAUGUGCAAAUGAAAAAUCCCAAUUUGAUACUAACUAUCAAGGAAAGAAAGAUAUUGUAAAAAAAAAUAAAAUAUUAUACACAUCUGAUGAAUCUUCAUGCAGUAGUAUUGAAUAUAUCAAAGAUAUAAUAUCUUCUAGUAAAACUAGUAGUACUUAUGUAAGUUUUACUACAGAAAAUGUAAAAAGCAUAUCAGACACAAAUAUCCAGUCUCAUAGUAAUAUUAUUGCUACUAACAAUUCUAAGAAUUUCAAUAGUAAUAUUCAAUCACUUAAAACUGCAUCUCCUAUGAAUAAAAAUGGUAUUGAUUUUAAGAAAAAACUUUCACAAAAAGAUACUAAAAAUAUUAUAAAAAAUAUAAGAGCUACACGAAUAAUAUAUGAAUCACCAAAAGAAAGAAAUACUGCAUGUGAUGAAGAGAUAGAUAAUAUGAUCAUACAUCCAGCUAUUUCACCUAAAAAUGAUUUAAAAGCAAAUAAUGAAAGUGCAAUAGAUUCUGAGAACGAUAUUAUUAGAGGUUCUCAAAUGAAUCUGGCAAAUCUUUAUAAAACCCAUGUUAGUAAAUUUUUGAGCACAACACUUAUAGAAAAAGAUAGAGCAGCAGCAUAUGUUGAACUAUCAGAGAGAAAGAAGCAGCAGAUUUCAAAAUGGCUUAUGGCUAAUUCGCCUGAUUCUCAAAGUGAUAGUUCAUCUGGUAUUGUGCCUCUUACUAAUAAAAGUGAUGUGAGCUCUGGGAAUAGUAGUCUAGAAAGAUUAGAGAUGAAUUAUGAAACUCCAAAUAAUAGGGGAAGAAUACAUCAGUUAAAGGAAACUAAAACUACAACUCCAAAUUAUAAUCCGUCUCAUUCUACAGUACCGCAUGAAACUAUAAUAAAUGAAUUUGUUGAAAAAACAAAAAAUAAUGUUUUUGAACACUCUACAUUAAAAAAGAGUCAUACUAAUAAUGUGUCAACUCCAAUGAAUUCUAUAAUGAAUAAACCACAAAAUGUAGAUGUCAUGGAAUGUGUAAAUAUAUUAGAUAAAUUAUAUGGUAAAUCCUGGCGUGAUAAAGCUGAUGAAUUGUUUUCAAGAUCUGAACCUCGUAAACAAGUUACUAAAACAAAAAAUAGAGCAGUCCAGACUGAUAGAUCAAACAUCAUCAGAAAGUGAACAUGAAAGUUUGUACUAUACUGCAUUGACAAAUCCAAGAGUAUCAACAAAUAGUACACAAUCAAAACCAGCAGUUCCAGGAAUUGUACAGCGAAUUCGUAGAAUAUGUGAUACAGAUAGUGAAUAUGAAAGUGAUACACAUAAGAAUAAUCAAAUAUUCAACAUAAGAGGAAGAAUGUUGUCAUUUAGUGAUGAUGAAGAUUCAAAUACUAGUGAGUUUGAUCCUGGUGAUGAUAUACCACCAAAACCUACAAUUAAGAAAGCUUCUAUUAAAACUACAAAGCAAAUACCCAAAUUAAACAUUCAAAGUAAAUUAAUUUCCAACAAUUUGAAACAUGAAAAAUAUAUCAGUUUUUUGGCAUCUUUAUCCCAAAAAGUUCCUCUUACUGAUGUACAUCCAGAUGCUAAGAAAUAUAGAUUAUAUUAUAAAAAUAACAAAGAAAAUCUGUGCUAUUAUCUGUAUAAACUAUAUAAUGAAAAAGUAUUUGAUAAUAAAUUACCAGAAAACAUGUUAAUAGAAUGGAAUAUCCGUAUGAGAGGAACUGCUGGUUUUUGUUACAACAAAAAAUCAGUGAAAACGCUUGGUGGUAUUGUAAGAUCUUCGCGAAUAGUUCUGGCGACAAAGAUUUUAGAUACUCCGGACAGACUUAGAGAUACUUUAAUUCAUGAAAUGUGUCAUGCAGCUGCCUGGUUGAUAAAUGGGGUUUCUGAUGGACAUGGUCCAUUGGCCAAUAAAGCUAUGGAAACAUUUCCUGAAUUACCACCAAUAAGAAGAUGUCAUGAUUACAAAAUUAAAACGAAAUUUACAUACAAAUGCGUAGACUGUGGAUAUAGCAUUGGUAGACAUUCCAAAUCUUUGGAUAUUGAAAAAAAACGAUGUGGCCUUUGCUAUGGAAAAUUCGAAUUAUUAUUAAACAAGACAACAAAGACUGGAAUCGUACAAAUGCAAACCCCGAAGAGAGAGCCUUCAGCGUUUGCGCUUUAUGUAAAAGAAAAUUAUAAUAGCGUGAAAAAAGAACGUAAUAUAAAACAUGCCGAAGUGAUGAAAAUAUUAGGUCAGCAAUUUUCAGCAAUUAAAAUUGCUAAGAAACAAGACAAUUUAGAAAAUAAUUCAAAUGCUGAUAGUUAAAUAAGCGAUACCUUUUGUAUCAUUUGAAUACCAUGUAUUUUAGAUAAGUUAAUUAUUCUUAUUUUAAGAACAUUUUAUGAUUGACAUAACUGAACUGAUUUUAACAUUGCAGGCAUUAAAAUAUAAAUUAUGAAAUAUUACAUUUAUUACAUACGAGAUAGGGUUAUUAUAUUUGUAAACAUGAUCUUUACACAGAUGAAUUGUAUAGACGAGAUGACAACUUGUAAAAGUUGUUAGCGAAAGUUCUUAAUAAAUGACAUACACC